UUAAAUUUCUAUCGCUCUCUAUUGAUUUUUCGCCUACCCACGUUCGCUUUCCCUUCUCUUUCGGAUAGAACACCUGAAGUAAAAAAAAAAAAAACAUCUCCUUUCGUUGGCUUUUGAAAUUUCCCGCUCUGCUCUUCGAAGAUACUCCGACUGUUCGUCUGUCGUCGGUCCUCUAGUGCAUUUCGUCGCUUCUCCUUUCCGAACCUAAGAAUCAACUUUGAGCGUGUUCUCUUAUUUCAGUGAGUUUUAUCUGUAACCCAUUUUCAAUAUAUUUGCAGGAAUUUGUUCCUUUUUCUUCAGGCUUCAAUCAUGACAUCGACUUCGACAUCGACCGACGGACCCUUGUACAAGAUUAAUCCUUCCCAUCAUUUUUAUUCCCUAGUAAGUUGUUUGUCUCAUUUGGAAAAGACAACACAUAAUAUUAAGGCCAAACUCAAACCCGAUCAAUUAGCCUUAUUUAGGAAAACAAAGUUUGGGCACUUUUUGGACCUAAAUAUUGUCUUUAAUGGGCCACUCAUCCACUACUUACUGUUAAGGGAGGUGGAAGAUGAAGGAAAGGAUUCUAUAAGUUUCUUACUAGGGGGCGUUGUUUGUACUUUCGGUAGGAGAGAGUUUAACAUCAUAACUGGACUAUGGGGUCCUAAAGAGGACUAUAUUCAGUUUGUUGGGAAUAGUCGACUGUUGGAGAAGUUUUUCAAAGACAAGGAGUGUGUUUAUGUUAGCGACUUAGAGGAUAUAUUUUUGGAAUACGAGGGUGAUGACGAUGAUAUUGUGAAAUUAGCUUUAGUCUACUUUAUAGAGAUAUCUUUGUUGGGAAAAGAUAGGCGAACCAAAGUGGACAUUGGUUUUUUCAAGAUUGCUGAUGAUUGGAAUACAUUUAAUAAUUAUGAUUGGGGUCGGAUUGUUUUUGUAGGCACGCUAAGUGCCUUGAAAGGAGCCUUGGACAAGCAAUAUGCCAAGGGAAAGAAGAAAUCAACACAGACAAAAAAAUAUACUAUCAAUGGAUUUCCGCAUGCAUUACAGGUUUGGGCAUAUGAGUCUAUACCAACCAUCAUUGGAUGUGGUGUAGAUAAAGUAAACGAUCAUGCCAUACCACGAAUGCUGAGGUGGGUGUGCCAACAAUCACCAAAGUCCCAAACUAUAAGCCAGGUGUUUGACUCGCCAAUAUUUAUAAUUAAGGCGGUCAUUGAGAUGACACCUGAAGAGGAGCAGUUGAAAAUUGCUUCAGGUGAACUUUUUGAAAACUUCCGCUCAUCUACCAUUAUUCAGUCGAAGAAUGGUGGUUCAAAAAGAGUAAGAGAAGUUGUUAAUGAUGAAGAUGACUUCAAAAAGAGUAAGAAACAGAAGUCCAAGAUUAAGAUGAAAAAGGCUAUUCGGAAUCUCCAAGAUCGAGUAGCGGUUGUUGAAGGGCAACUUAAUAGUAUAAAAUCAGAUAUUGACGAAUUGAAGGGCAUGAUGUCAACCAUAUUGAAGCACAUUGGACUUCAAAGAAAGGGUGACGAAGGGGACCACAAGGUGUCCGAAGGCUUAGUAGAUCAUACAUUAGAAAGUAAAGAAGUGGAUAAUGCUAAGACCGAAGAUGUUGACACAGGCGGUACCCCUAAUUGGUUGAGGAUGCCAAAGGAGGAUGAACACAUUGAAGUUAAAAAGAAGGGCCACUAAGAUGUGUUGGAGAAGAAGGUUGAUACUGGUUUAGAGGAGCCAAUAGAUGUCGUUGACGAUGAGGACGUCACAGAGAUAGAACCAUUUCUCACUCAACGACCACACGUUCGGUCCGCCCGUAGGAAGCGUGCAAGUGUUUACCUAUCAACCCCAUUCACAACUCUACCUAAACGGUCUGUGACAUCAACCACCAGCACCUCUCAGUAUGAACCAAUUGUUUAUGAUCCUAUGCACAAAAUACUUGACGUCCAUUUAGAUAGACUUCGAGCUUGGAUUACAGUCAAGCGUACAGACGAUGAGCUGCGUGAAACCUUUCAUGGGAAAAAAUCGAAGGCUUUUUUCAGAGACUUGUUUAUGUGUCGCCGGUGGUUGGCAGAUGAGCAUUUGGAUGCACUUUUUCUUUUCAUUCGCUUGAAGAUUAAGGCAGUCGGGAUACCUUCUUCUCAGAACUUCACAACUGCAGACACAAUCUUUAUGCACAUUUUAGUUUCGAAGUGGCCCCUAUACAAAGAAUGUAUUAAAGAGAAUCGCCCGUUUGACUGGGACGAAGAGUAUAGGUUGGUUGACUAUGUUGUCGGGUCAAAAGAGGACUUCCAAGAUCCUUGGGCAAGUGUUGAUUACGUUUACUCUCCAUUCAAUGUCCGUGGCAACCAUUGAGUUCUAUUAUGCUUGGAUUUGGUAAGUUGUCAAGUGAAGGUAUGGGAUUCGCUUCCGUCACUUACAACUGCCGAAGAGAUGACAAACAUAUUACUGCCCAUUCGACAGUUGGUGCCAAAGUUGUUAGAUAGUACUGGCUUCUUUGAUAGGAGAGGUAGAUCAUCGACAUACAAGGAACCUUGGCCAGUUGUCAUUGUUGACUCAAUUCCACUUCAACGAAAUAAUAGUAAUUGUGGCGUAUUCACAAUUAAGUAUUUUGAGUACAUAGCUGUUGGUGUUGGUUUAGAUACAUUAUGUCAAGAAAACAUGUCCUACUUUAGAAAACAAUUAGCAUUUCAAUUAUGGACCAACACUCCUAUGUAUUGAAAUAUUUACAUAAAUCACAAGUAUCAAUUGGCUGUUCGAUUAUUGUC